CUGAAGGUCCCUCUUGUCCAAGAUGGACAGUGUUACCUAGCAGGAUGCAUUCUCUAACAACAUGAAUGACAUCAAGAGUAACCAAGAACUGUACCAGCACUACUCAGCCAUGGCCCCCAAGAUGCUGGCCCGCAUCUCCAAACUCCUCAUGACCUGCCGGAACUCAGGCAUCCAUGUACCCAAGGGCAUCAGAAACAUCUUUGAUUUCACCUGGGAAGAGCUCAUUGCUGACCCCAUGGUGCCUACCCCGUCUGACAUCUUAGGCCUGGAGAUCACUUUGGGGCCACCACCUAUGCUUGUGGAGUUGGCUCCCGUGCAGCUCCCUACCCAGAAGAAACUACCACCGCCAGUACCACCACCAUCACUACUGCCAAAAUCCAGUGGUGCAACCAAGCACUCCACCCCAUCUCCUACCCAGACACGCGCAGUGACUGCCGGCCAGGAAACCCUGCACAAGUUUCAGCGCCAGUCCAUCCACCUGCUGACAGAACUCCUCACCCUGAAAAUGAAGGCCAUGGUGGAGUCUGCAUCAGUAGGUGCCAACCCGCUGGACAUCACAAGACGCUUCGUGGAGGCCAGCCACCUUCUCCAUCUCAAUGCCAAGGAGAUGGCCUUUGACUACUUGGUCGGCACAAUCGGGAGAAGUGGCUAUAGUGGUGGACAGUUGGGGAAAGAUUCAUUCAAUAGCAUCUCUGCCAUGGGAGUGAACUCACCGUAUCAGCUCAUUUACCAGUCUUCUACAGGCUGUCUGAGCUUUUCUCUCUCAACUAUAAGGGAAGGCAAGAGGAAAACAGGCAAAUCCAAAAUUGUGGAAGACGUAACCCCAUCCCCUCUACGUGUAGCAGGGACCUCGACCUCUGACAGCAUGGAGUUGAGCGACCCCUGCCCCGAGGCCCGGGAGAAGCUGCACGAGAUGUGUCGCCAUAUAGAAGCCGAAAGGGCCUCGUGGAGAGGGAAGAAUAUCUCCUACCCGGUGAUAUUACGCAGCUACAGGACAAAGAUACCUGUUCAUCCAUCACCGACUCCCAAAGGGGAUUUGGGGGCCCACCAUGCUCAUUUCCCGAGUUCCAACCACCCUCACACUUCAGGUGCUCAGACCCCUACUCCCAUCACCCAUCAGCCUUCCGUUCACCAAACUCUCUAUGGUCGGCAUUCUCAAGAGUGGAGGGGGCCCAAGAAGACCAUCAAGUUGCAUUACACCUUCUAUGAUGGGUCCUCUUUCGUUUACUAUCCCUCUGGAAACAUCGCCAUGUGUCAGAUCCCUACGUGCUGCAGAGGGAGAGCCAUCACCUGGCUCUUUAACGAUGUGCCCAACUUCUCCUUCCUGGCCCUGUUCAACGCUGAAGGCCAGGGCUGCGUUCAGUACAACACAAAAGCCCGCUGUCCAUAUGUCUUGGUCUUAGAUGAGGAAGGUGGGACCACCAAUGACCAAAAGGGCUACGUAGUCCACAAGUGGAGCUGGACUUCUAAGACAGAGACGUUGCUCUCCCUGGAAUACAAGGUGAAUGAUCAAAUGAAGUUGACCGUGCUGGGGCAGGACUCAAUAGUGGUCACCUUCACCGCCCUGAAUGAGACAGUAACACUCACUAUAUCGGCCAACAAUUGUCCUCAUGGGAUGACACAUGAUAAACGGGUGCCCCGCAGAAUCAGCAGCCUUGACGACAAGAUUUCUAAGAUGAGCCGAGCCCUGGCUGAGAUCAAGAAGAGGUUUCAGAAAACAGUGACUCAGUUCAUGAAUUCUGUCUUGCUGACAGCAGGUCUAUUCACCAUAGAAUAUCCCAUAAGAGAAGAGGCAGAGCUCAUUCGGACCAAGGUGAAAUCCGGGCCUUAUGUUGAUCGGGCCCCCAAGCUGAGUUUAUUCUCAGGAGAACCUCUCUUAAGAUCUCACUCGGCGCGACCAGAAUCCUCGAUUGGAGAAUCUUCCAGGGAAGAGUCUGCAUCUGCUCCUGUGAGCCCCACUCGGAGGAAGACCCUCAAAAUCCAAGCCAAGCCCAUGGUUAAAUCCAGGGCCAAAGCCCAAGAGGCACGCAGCCCCACUGCCUGGGCAGCCUCGCCCUGCGACUGCCCGCUGGUGCUGCGGAAGCUCAUCCGCAAGGAAGACAUCCGGGCCGGCUGCAAAUGCGUUGUGAAGGCACCCCUGGUAUCUGAUGUGGAGCUGGAGCGCUUCAUGUCAGCACCCCGCGACCCCAGCCAGGUACUGGUGUUCGGGAUCAUCUCAGUCCAGAACCCAGCCAGAACCGCCCACCUCCAGUGGCUGCUGGACACCCUCUACCGUCACCGGCAGCAGGGCCGUGCCUCACCCUGCAUCCAGUGCCGGCAUGACCCCUACCGCCUGCUGCGGUAUGACCCGGACAGCCCCCUGCAGAACGACCCGCCUCUGCUGGUGAAGAAGUACGCGGUGGUGCAGGGCAUGGUUCUGAUGUUCGCUGAGGGGAAGCUCCUUUUUGGAGGCUGUGUUUUGAAUGGAUACGGCUUCAGCAAGCAGAACCUGCUGAAACAGAUCUUCCGGGCUCGGCAUGAUUGCAAGAUGGGCUACUUCCUGCCAGAUGACUACAAAUUUAGCGCUUCAAUCCCCAUCCAGAGCCUCGUGGAUUCUGAACUGUCAAAGAGAGCAAUAUUGGAGGAUGUCCAAGGAAGCUUUUCCUCGUUGGCCCUGGGGGAUAGGAUGGAGGAGUCGUCUCCAGAAGUGGAGAAAGUAAAGGAGCCCGAAAUGGACCCUCAUCCUCUCAGCAAAGCCAGGAGGGGCAGUAAGAAGAUAUCUGGCUGGAAGAAACAGUCCUCUAAGAAGUGA